UCUCUCUUCAAAUCAAAUUCCCUCUCCUCCUUUGAUCUCAUAAUUUGUACAUUUUCCUAACUAGGAAAGCUAAUGUGAAUUGCCAAAUCCCACACACUCACUAAAAUUACUAAAAAGGGAUCAAAAAAAAAAUCAUGGCUUCACCAAAGCAACACACUUCGGCGGAGGAGCAGCAGUCUGCUGCUCCUCCGCAGAAGGCCAAGCGGAUUCGGGAGGGGAGCAGCUCCGGGAGCAGCAAGCACCCGGUCUACCGCGGCGUCCGGAUGCGGAAUUGGGGGAAAUGGGUGUCGGAAAUCCGGGAGCCGCGGAAGAAAUCGAGGAUCUGGCUCGGCACGUUCCCCACGCCGGAGAUGGCGGCGCGUGCGCACGACGUCGCCGCGCUGAGCAUCAAGGGCGCCUCCGCCACGCUCAAUUUCCCCGAGCUCGCGGCGGCGCUGCCCCGCCCCGCCUCCCUCAGCCCCCGCGACGUCCAGGCCGCGGCGGCCAAGGCGGCGGCGAUGGACAAAUUCGAGAUCCUAUCGCCGGCGAAUUCGUCUCCGUCUCCGUCUUCCUCCUCGUCGUCGAUUUCGAUUUCGUCGCCGCCGUCGCUGGUGUCGUCGAUUGACAUCUCCGCGGCGUCGGAGGAGCUGGGAGAGAUCGUGGAGCUGCCGAGCUUGGGAUCGUGCUUCGAUUCGGUGGAGAUGGGGAGCGAUUUCGUGUACGUCGAUAACGCCGCGAUCGAGGGGUGGCUGGAUCCGCCGCCGCCGUGGAGCGGCGGCGCCGCUGACGACGGUGGGGUUUCUGGACUCUUUUCGUUGUGGAAUUACUGAGACCCAAUUUUAAGUGUUUUUUUUUCUUU